GCCUUGCCGUGACGUGCCUGGGGACUGGAGCUUGUGAACAAUGACCAGCGCGCAACAAUAGACGCGACGUCCACCGCCUGCAUUCCUCUCCCGCUGCGCAGCGCCGGAAAGACAAUACCAUCGCCGCCAUUCUCUCACGCCGCCUCACCACCCUCCCGUACAUGACCUCGCCCUGUGUCUCCUCCGCGAGUUGCUGCCAACCCGCCGCUCACUGCAACCAUCAACGAUGAGCAACUCGCCCGCGCAGCCGCCUUCGGGCCUCAAUUCGGUCACGCCCAAUACAGGCGGACCAGCUGCGCCUAUCGUUCGCAAGCGUCCUGCUGUCAAUAUCUUCAACAACGCUUCAAAGAAGAAGCCUGCGCGAAAGCCAGCACCCACAGGCCAGAAGGCCGCGGCAACGACAGCCCCGGCGCAUGCCACCAAUGGACCGCAUCCCUCUUCAUACCACCAGCCGAUGAAUGGCAUCGUCAGAACUGGACAGACGACGGCGCCAGCGAACGAUGAGCCGGACCCCAGCACUUACGCCGAGUACCCCAUCACUAUCACCAAAAGUCAGCUUACCCAAGGUUUGCGAUACCAUGCCAUGAAGCUUCAGAGUAAGCUGGACGCGACCGGCAAGCCUAUCGAGGUAGACCCCUACGACGAGGACCAGUUUCCCCGUCCAGCGCGCCUGCAUCGUCGGUUCGCGCGCGACAAGAUGGAGUCGUUCGAGCAGUCAGAAGUGGGCUCCGGCGUGGAUGACAAGGAACGCGAGCUGAUGAGCAUUCGUCGCGCGGAGCGUCAGGCCGAGCGCGAGGAGAAUCAGAAAUUGAUCGCACCAACUGGAGGUGAUUCGAACAAGCCUACGAAGAAGAAGCCACUGAAGAAGGUCGAAGAGGGCAGGGACGAGAGCAACCCAGUCCGUCAGAAGCGCUCGCAAUUGCGCUAUGAGGAAGCGCGACCAUGGCACCUGGAGGACUACGAGGGCAAGAAUGUGUGGGUGGGCACGUACGAACAAGCGCUUUCGGAGCGGAGCAUAAUGCUUGUCGUGAGCAAUGAAGGCACAUUUGAGAUGGUUCCUGUGGAGAAGUGGUACAGGUUUCAGCAAGCGAACAAGGUCAAUGCUAUGGACUCGGAACAGGUCGAGAAAUUCAUGACCGCAAAACAUAUGCCUGGCCGAUGGGCACUCGGAACGCAGGCCGCCACAGAGCAGCUCAAGAAAGAGGCACUGAAGAAACGCAUAGAGGCUAUCCGAAGUGCCGGGGGUGAUUUUGACGCCGAAAGAGACACGCUGGACAUGGACUACAAAGACGAGUUUCAAGACGAUGACGAGGGAAUGCUUUUUCAAGCUGAUGACGGCGAGGACGCUGGUGAAAUCGAGCGCCGAAUCUAUUUGGAGAUGCGUAACGCUGGACUAGGGGGCACGGGAGUGAAGAAUGAAAAUAUAGAUGUGGAGGCGGAGCAACAUCGCGAGCAGAUGAUGCGACUGGAAGAAAAGAAGAAGUCGAAGAAAUUGCGAAAGCAGCUUCGAAAACGAGAGCACCAGGGCCAGUAUAGCGAUGACUCAGACGACGACCCAUAUGCAUCUUCAAGCGAUUCUAUGGACUCCGAGGAGGAAGCAGAGGAAGAAAAGCGAAAAGCGGAGGAGGCCAAGAAGGCCGUUACCAACGGCGACAAGUCCGGGGCCUCGACAAAAGGCACCAAUACGCCUACUGGUAGACCUGAAAAGCGCGAUCCAGCACGACUGGGAGCGAACCUCAAAAGACCUGGCUCACCCGACAACUCAGAUCUCAGUGGGAACGAGUCCUCUCGGAAGAAAGUCAAGAGCAUUAAUGGACGUGCUGUCUCUGCAGCUCCGAGUGCCGCUCGCGCAUCUUCGGUAGAUGCAUCUAGAGCCAAAGUGCCUCGUGCAGGUGGUUCGGGGUCUGGUAGUGACACCGACACUUCUCGUACUGGCCGCAUCAAGCUCAAGCUGAAGAACAGCCCGCCUGGAUCGCCCUCGACUGCCACACCCGGCGGCUCACGGGCUGGUUCGCCGGCAGCGAGCGGAACGGCAACUCCCAAUGGCAGCACACCUUUCCCGACUCUAGAGGAGGUGCGCGCUUCGAUUCCUACGACUGGAAUUGCUAUGAAAACACUUGUUUCCAAGUUUAAGAGCAGAGUGGGGACCCGUACAGCGGAUUUCAUCCAGCUGGUCAAGAAGGCUGGACAGUUGUCCAAGGAUCCAACAAAAGCCGGCCUUAUCGAGCUCAAGCCAGGAGCUUAGGAACUGAAGCGGAAAGCUUUCAAUUGGCAGAGCUUCGAGACUCGACACUGAUUAUUGAAGGAGCCUUCUGAGUGAUAAUGAAUCGCUCGAGGGUCUGCUGUUGGGUCUGUUAAGGCGACUCCGACAAGUAUCAUCGUGCAGAAAUUGAGACACCCUGCUGUUGACAUGUUGUUUGCAGCCACAUUCUGCAUUCGAGCUCGAGCGGAAUGGUCACACCAGUCAAGCUACCGAGACUUCAGCGGUCUGAUGCACCCACAUCGUGUCACCGUGCUCUGGAGCUUGAGCUUCAAAUUUCUCAUACACCAUGCGUAGGUAGACCUCAAACGAAAAUGGGAAACCAGAAAGGGCAUGAACAUGUGCG